AGGGUCACACAUGUGCAGAUACUAUUUGCACUAAUAUACAACAGACAAGGCUCUGGGGUUGUCAGAGCCAGUCUUUUAGCCAAUCUACUAUGAAAUGGAAUUUCUGUUGAUGACGGUCUUCCUCCAAGCUUUGUGCAUGCAUCAAGGCCUUGAAGGUGGAUUGCUGACACUCAGACUUGAGAACUGUUCUGGAACUCUGCUGGCUCUUCAUCAUGGCAGGUGGGUGGCUGUAAACAGCAGAGAGCAGAGAGAUGACACAAGGAAAGACAUGGCCCAACUCUGUAAUGACCUUGGCUGUGAAGAAAUAUUUGCUGAAAAUGCUACAGGAUCUAUAAAUACCUGCCAGUCUAACUGCACCAUCAUAAACUCCAGUCUGUACAACUGUGCUAAAGCUGCUCCAGAAAACUGUUCCAGUGUAAUAGAGAUAGUUUGUGAGUGGCAGGCUGUGCAGUUGAUUGGAGGCAAAGACAGAUGUGCAGGUCGGGUGGAGCUGUUUAGCACUGGAGGCUGGGGCACAGUAUGUGAUGAUGGAUGGGACUUAAAUGGAGGAAAUGUGGUGUGUGCCCAGCUGGGCUGUGGUACUGCUUUAAAGGUAAUGGGCGAAAAUGGUGAUUUUGAUCCUGGUUCUGGUCCUAUUCACAUCAGCCAUCUAAACUGCAGUGGGACAGAGAAAAAUCUCUGGCAGUGCACUGGUCUACAAAAAGAUAGAAACUACUGUGGCCACAAGGAGGAUGCUGCAGUGGUGUGCUCAGGAAGUUCCUACACACCGUUUAUCACAAUAAAAACAUUCACAACAGAUCUCACAAACUGGACAACAGAGAUUGUAACAGAGGCAGCCGCUGAGGAUGAGAGUGGUGGGAUUUCAGCACCAGUCCUGGGCUGUAUUGUUCUCUCUGUCACUCUGUUUUUACUUCUGUUUUCAAAUGCUGUUCAAUGUGCAUACUACAAAAAACAAAAUGGCGGAAUUGAAAUCAGGAGAGCAUCACAAGUUUCACAGCAAGGCAAUUCUCACACUUCAAACAACUCAAAUUAUGAACGUUACUACAACCCCGACUCCCCUACACCUGCUACUGCAAAUAACUGUGAACACACUCCUGCCCAUGAUUCAGGGAGCACAUCCUCAGGGGAAUGUUAUGAAAAUACCGAAACUGAGAACCUUUUGAAUCCAGUGGUUUCACAAUUUCAUCCUGAGUACUGCAUAAAGAUGACACCUUUGAACAAUACCAGUGAAGCAGCUAAAAAGUACUCAGAAGACUUGUUUGAUUCAGACAGCACAUCCUCUGGGGAAUGUUAUGAAAACACAGGACCUUGUCUUUAUACAUUUGAGGGAGACCCAUCACUUCCUGAGCAGCCCUCACUGAGUUACCCCAAACCUCAAAUGGAAGGAAAUAGCAGUGUUUCCCAGCCAUAUUAUCCCGAUCAAGCACCUGUAGCAGCAGACUCAUUUGAUUCCGAGAGCACAUCAUCUGAGGAAUGCUAUGAAAAUAUAGGAACGGAUGCUGAAACUUGUCUCCAGACAUUGGAGGAAGACAUAUCAUUUCCUGAGCAGCCCCCACUGAGUCAUACCCAACCUCAGAUGGCAGAAAACAGCAGUGUUUUCCAGACAUACACUCCUGAUCAAGAUGACAGCAGCACAUCGUCUGAGGAAGCAUAUGAAAAUGUUGCAGAAAUAGAGGAGAAUUGCUUUGCUGGAAGUGAACGAACAGCUCACUCAUCUUCAGACAGCGACUAUGAUGAUGUCUGCAACUGGUGAAUGCUAAAGCAGUCAUUGACAAUACCAGAUCAAAACAGUUCUCCUAGAAAUGUUUGCUACCAUAUUUAAGGUUUAGAUUUAUAUAUAUAUUUGAAAAUUAAGUCUUAUAGAUUUUCUAUGUAAAUGUUUCUUUGGAC